AUGUCGGGGUCCACGGGUGCUGUGGCGACCGGUGCCCACCACUCGUACUCCACGGGGCCUCCAGACGCAGCAUCUGCUGCCACACUAAGAAAAGUCAACCACCUUCUCGAAGUCUGUGGAAAACUCGAGCAUGAAAACAGCUUGCUCCGCAAAGACAAAUCUGUGCUCCAGAAAGGGGUUGAGGAUCUGAAGGCUCAGUUGCACGAUAUGAAAGUUCAGGCGCUCAAAGGGAAGCUGAAACUAAACGAUCCUGUCUCUAAAGUUCACGAUUUUGUUUCAGAUGAGAAACGACUCGUGUUUUAUACGGGGUUUAACUCCUUCAAAAAAUUUGAUGCGUUUGUGGAACAUGUUGAAGGCAUGUACGAGGCACUGAAAACGGGUGCUGGCAGGCCACCAGCACUGACAAUGAAAGAACAGCUCAUUGCAGUGCUUUGCAGGCUCAGGGUUGGGUUACUCGAACAGGAUUUGGCAUAUCGCCUGAAAGUGUCUGUGUCGACCGCGAGUGCCAUGUAUACAUUUUGGGUUAAUUUUUUGUUUGAAAUGCUAAUCCAGAUACCAAUGUGGCCAUCCCGUAACACAGUGGACCUGUUCAUGCCAGACAAUUUUAAAGAAUUGUACCCAUCUACACGCAUUGUACUAGACUGCACAGAAAUUUUUAUCGAGAACCCGUCUGACUACAAUACACAAAGCGACACUUUCAGCUCGUAUAAAGGACACAACACCGCAAAAGGGCUCAUUGGCAUCACUCCGAACGGCUUCGUUUCUUUCGUGUCUAAUUUUGCUCCUGGAAGACUUUAUGAUCGAGAACUCACAAGACACAGUGGCCUGUACGAGUUGCUCGAGAAAGGGGACAGUGUAAUGGCGGAUAGAGGAUUCCUCAUUGAAGAUGACCUCCGUCAGCUUGGAGUCGAAUUAAACAUGCCACCUAUGUUGAAUGGCCACUCGCAGUUGUCACUGGCAGAGGAGUUAGCAACACGGCAGAUAGCCAGUUUGUGA